UUCACCAGCCACCACUCGAGCUGGGGCUGAGGCGAGUACCCGCAUACGGAGUGCGGGACACGGAGUGUCGUUGUGCGCAUCCUCUGUUUUAUAUAUAUAUAAAUAUAUAUCUUUUCCCUUCAAAUUACCUACAUUGAUCCCUUCCAGUGUGGUGAAAAGAAUUUGGAGCUCUCGGUUAUAAGAUCUCUCCUCCAUCCUCAUUUCUACAGGAAUUCUACAGACAAUUGUGGAAUAUAUUGUACCUCUCCUUGGUAAUGCCAUGUGACAAGGCUUUUCCAGAUUUUGGCGUUUCCGUCGUCUUCAAGAAAAGUCGCCGCUGGCUCUGACUUUUGGCGACAGAGUAGCUAAGCGGAGAUCAUAAAAGGAACCCCGGGAGGGAUGGAAGUUUUGGUCAUUGGCUUGGUCCUCUGAGAGGCUGCUGCCGCUGCUGGUGGCGUUUGGUGCAGGAGGGGAAACUGCGUCGCCAGGUCUAAAACGGCAGGGGGGAUCUCGGGUCAUUGGCUAUCGCAGGACUUGCGAUUCAAGACAACAAGAUUUACCCCAAACCACUUCUCUCGCUAUCGAAUCGUGACAGAUUUGUUUCCGUCUUCAACGAUCGGCCACAUCCUCCAGCCCCUCAGCUUCGACUUAACGCGUCGGCGUUUUGGAUGCGGCGGCGUGUUUUCUCUUUUUUUCCCCCCUCUCUUCACUGCAGCUCGGCGCCUCUCCACUCACCCAGAAUCUGAUUUUAUGUUGGGAAGAAUUUAAACAGGGUACAAGUCUCUUACUUUACCCUAUAAAUCUCCUCCUCCUUUUUUAACCACCUCUCCAUCUUCUCGAACGCAAAAAGAACAAACCGAGGCAGAGAUUGAUGGACUAAGAGGGGAGCCUCGUUUCACGGGAUUUUAACUCUGCUCAGAGCUGUAGUUUUCCCUGGCUUUCUUUUUCCUGAUCUGUGGACAUAAUGAAAGUUGUCCUGGCCGUGUUGCUUGUUGGCGUUUUUUGGAGCCAGGAGUGGAAGUCGGCGCUGUCGGAUUCAAUCAUCCAUAUCGGUGCCAUCUUCGACGAGUCAGCACGGAAAGAUGACGAGGUUUUUCGUCUCGCCGUGGCAGAUCUCAACUUGAACAAUGAGAUCCUGGAGACAGAGAAGAUCACCUUCUCUGUGGAAUUUGUCGAUGGGAACAACCCUUUCCAGGCUGUGCAAGAAGCCCUACGUUCAAGUAACAUCAUCACCAUAACCAUCCCACGAGUCCGGACAUCACUUGGUCAAACUUCAUUUCCAAUCCUUGCACCCAAUAACUGGAACAAUUUACAAAAACGUUAAGACUAAGUGUUACCGCCUAUAUCUACUUUCAUCACCACAAUAAAAACUGGUGUUUCUGAUAAAUGUAACUGUUUCUGAUUAUUGUGUAGUCCAUGA